GUGCCCCCCCAGAUGCUCGAGCUAGUUGCGGGCCUUGGUGAGGUUUGGUCAGCUCAGACGCUUUCCGCCUACUUGAACUCCACUGGCGUGAGAUCUGAGUGGAUCGAUGCCCGGGAUGUCUUGAUCGUCCCAGAUGGGCCCCUGUCAGGACUCGGAGAGAAGGGCACUGCCAUGGACACCAUUGAGCCCUUUUGGGACGAGACUGCACACCGCUUGACAGGCUGGUGGGACAAAACUGUGGGAGAGGCCGACGCCCCCUUCCUCGUGAUCACCGGCUUUGUAUGCAGCACCGUGCAGGGGAGACCAACCACCCUCAAACGGUCCGGCUCCGACUACUCUGCGACGAUCUUCGCGAAGAUCCUGGAUGCCUGCAAUGUGACUUUUUGGAAGAAUGUGAGCGGCGUGUACACGGCAGAUCCACGACAGGUGCCCGAAGCCUUUCCCAUCAACUCCAUGACCUUCGACGAAGCCAUGGAGCUUGCCUACUUUGGCGGGCAGGUGCUCCACCCUUCGGCGAUGGUCCCUUGCAUCGAAAAUCGGAUUCCCGUGCUUGUGAAGAAUGUGUUUGAUCCAGCACAUCCUGGAACUCGAGUCUAUGGCCGUGGGGAUUCUUUCCUCCGAUGGGAUGACCAGGUGGAUGAAUGGGAUGACCAAAUGCCAGUGAAGGCGAUUACGUCCAUCGAGAAGGUGAGCCUUAUCACCAUUGCGGGGACCUCCUUCAUGGGCACGCAUGGCGUCGCAAAGCGAUUCAUGGAGGCCCUGUCCAGCGUGGGCGUGAACGUGAUCUUAACCUCGCAGGGCUCCUCCGAGCAUUCCAUCACCGUGGCCGUGGCGGACACAGACGGCAAGCUGGCAAUGGAAGCCGUGGAGUCUGCGUUCCAGCUUGAGAUAGCGCGGAACGCCGAGACGCGCGUCACGAUGUUGGAAGGCCUGAGCAUCCUUGCCGUGAUCGGCGAGGGAAUGAAGAACUCCACGGGAAUCUCGGGACGAUUCUUCAAUGCCCUGGGGAGGUCAAAGGUAAACAUCGUCGCCAUCGCGCAAGGCUCCUCUGAGAGAAACAUCUCGGCCGUGGUGAGCAGGGAGGAGCUUUCCCUUGCAUUGCGCGCCACACACGACGCCUUUUUGAUGAAGGAGUCCACAAUCUCCGUGAGCGUCGUGGGCGGUGGCGAGAUCGGCACUGCCUUUGUGCGGCAGCUGGUGCGAUGGAACACCGACGAGGGACGAGAUUUCGACCUCCCCUCUCUCAGGGAAGUUCAGUAUUUGAACAUCGACCUCCGCUCCUUCUGCGACUCGAACAAGAUGCUGCUGGCGCAGAAGGGCCUUCCCCUCUCCAAGCUCCAGGACAACAUCACAAACGGAGUCUUCAAUCUGAAAGAUAUGGCAGACGGAUGGGAGAAACAAGGAAAGGCGGUUGCUGAUGCAUUGACGGAUGGAGUCCAGAUGCAAGACACUGACCUGGAUGAUUUCAUCAAGUUUACAGACUGCAAGGAAUACCCCCACAAGGUGAUUGUUGACUGCAGCAGCUCUACAGACAUUGCCAGCAA